AAUGGUAAAAUUAGUAAUGGUGAAUUACUGAAGUGGUGAAGUCUGAAUAAUUCAUUUGCAUUGCAAUAUAUUUGCUACCCUAGUGGCGAACAAUCAUUUAGUUUUAUAAUACCGUUCAUCAAAUUAAACGUUUUAAGUUUUUUUUUUUAAAUUUUAUUGGAAUUCAACAAUUUUUGAACAUGGAGGACGAUCUGCCAUCCAAGUAUGAAGUGAUCGUCAUUGGCACUGGUAAUAUACACACACCUAUUCCAUAUGCAUAAUUAAAUUGCACAAAUGGUUUGAAAUGUUGAAUAAAGCUUUUAAUUGGUUUGCAUCAUUGUUUAUUAAAUACCUAUAUGUUAUGUUUUAGUAUAAAGGAAUAAAUUAUAUUAGGUAUGUAACAUUUCACCUAUUAAAUUGGGAGUUUUCUAUGCAAUUAUAUCCACUUCUGAUUAAUGCAGUUAAAAUUUUUUCACAUUUUUUAGUGAAUACAUAACGUUUUACAAUCCUUAAUUUUUUUUGUAUUUUAAUUAUAUUAUUGUACUUUGAACCAUAAUAUCCUAGAUAUUUAAUAUGUCAAUAUAAUUCAUUUAAUUUCCAAGAAACAAUAACACAAAUUAAUAAUUGUUGUACUUAAUAUAGUUUAUUAGGCUUUCUUUAUUUUGAUAAAGAACAUUUAAUUAUGUAUGUAUGUUCUAUAUCUAAAUUGUAUUAGUUUUUGAUUCUAUUAACAUUUAGUUCAAAUAGAAAUGUGAAUUUUAAUUUUAAACUGUACUUAUUUUUCCUAAGAUUCAAUAUUAUUUUCAAUAUCUAUUUUUAAAAUUUCUCAUUCAUAUUAAGUAUAAUUUUUAAAAUGUAAAAUUUGGAAAACUGAUUUACCAUAUGGACUAUACAAAUUAAUUUAUAGGUAGGUAUUUAUUCAUUAUAAUAUACUCUUCAAAACUAAUAGAAGGUAUAUAUUUUUCUAAAUUAUAUUUACAUUAAUUAUUAUAAUUGUAAUAAUUGCCUAUAUUAAUAAUUUUUAGAUCAUUUUCAAAGAAAAUUCAGGCUUUUUAAUAUUUUUUUAAGAACAUUACUUUUAAUUAUUAUGUACUAGUUUUCCACAUGAAAUUAUUGUACUUAAAAUAAAAAUGUAUUUCCCCUUGGCUCAUAGUUUCCACACACGUCAUUGUUAAUCAUUUAAUUAAUUUUUAAAAAAUGAACUUUCUUGCCCCUGACAAUUAAAUCAACUAGGUAAUAAAUAUAUUUUUUUUGGUAUCCUCAAGUUAACUCAUAAUUAACAAAAAUAGUUCAACGGAUAAAAGGGGUUAAAUUUUGAAACUAGCAUUUUUAAUAACUGAAUGUAUUUUGAAAAAUUGUGAAAAACAUUUCAGUAAAGCUAAUAACUCUUUUCAUAAUUAAAUAAUUAUAUUUUUUUUAAGUUUUUAAAUGUUGUUUUAUUUUAUUCCUAAUUAUUUAAUUUUUGAAUUGCAUAAUCUGUCAUUUGUUUGAUAUCAUAUUUUGAUAGUUUUUAAAAUAUAUUAAAGUAUAUAAGUAAGUGUAUAGACACAAAGUAGGUGCUCCACCUAGUUUCUUAUAAAGAGUUCAUUGAACGGUUGUGUAAUCAGAGAUUCUAUGGUCUAUUGGUCAUGGUAAUGGGAAAGUGAGUUUCCAUUACUGAGUUUUAUUUCAUCAAAAUGAAAUAAAAGUAUUGUAUAAAAAGACUUGUUCUCUCUUUUAUGGAUUAAUAAAAACUAAAAAAAAAAAGAAAAGGAAAAUUCAUUUUUAGUCUACUAAAUGUGUAUUUUUUUUUAUAGAAUAAAAUAAUAUAAUUUAGUCAUUAUAUACAUUUUAGUUUUAACAAUUUUUUCAAUUACUCCAUUAUAGUUUAUAUGAAAAAUGUGAAAGUUAUAUAAAUACCCAAUUAGUCAAUAAUAUAAUGUAUGGAAAUAUUAAUUUUUAUAAAAUAAUGAUAAAAUUAAAGUUUUAUACAAAUAUUUACUGACUUUUUAAAAUAAUAGCUUAUUUAUAUCAAAAUUUAUCAUAAGUGUACUCAUGGUUAGUACGUUUAAUAUAUUUUAGAAUGUUUAUUAAACAUUAAUAAUUUUAGAAACAUUAAACAGAAGAAAAAAAUUACUUAGUUAUUAAUAAAGUUAAUGUACACUAAUAAAUAUACACUAAUUGAUUUAAAAAUUAUUUUAGGAAUGACUGAAUCGAUUGUUGCUGCUGCUGCUAGUCGAAUUGGAAAACGAGUUCUUCAUUUAGAUAGGUAAAAUUUUUUUUUAUUGAGUAGUACAUUUGAACCCAACUAAUAUAUAGAGAACUUUUGUUGGUUAUCACAGAAAUGAUUAUUAUGGUGGUAUGUGGGCAUCAUUUACAUUCGAAGCUCUUCAAAAAUGGUUAGAUGAAUGUCGAAAUGGCAAAACAAGUGAUUCUUUAAAAUCAUCUUCUCCAUUAGUACAAGAUGGUGAAAAGUCUGUAAACAUAGGCAAUCAAUUUUCUACUGUAUUCAAUAUUGAAGAAAAGUGGUUUAUACCGGAGUAUGAUGAGUAUUACUUUUUUUGGUAAUUAACAGAAUAAACAUUAAACCUAUUUUUUUAAUACAGAAAACUUCCUUCAAUUGGUAAUCUACAAAGUGCUAAAAAUACUCAAACCGAAGAUAGUCCAAAAGAAAUUAAAGAUGGACAGACAGAAUCUGAGGAAAUAUUGAAACAAAAUGAUAAACUUUGGUGUCAGGCUAAAAUUAAAACCUUGGGGCGUAAAUUCAACUUGGAUUUAGCUCCUAAAGUUAGUAUGAUUAUAUUUAAAGUAUUAUUUUUUAAACAUGUAUUAUCAAAUGAAAUUAUAUAAUUACCCAAAUUUUUGCAGUUACUAUUCUCUCGCGGUACAUUGGUAGAACUUCUUAUUUCAUCAAAUAUUUCUCGUUAUGCUGAAUUUCGUUGUGUCAAUCGUAUUCUUACAUGGCAAUCUGAUAAAUUGGAAACGGUUCCUUGUUCUCGAGCAGAUGUAUUUGCUACCAAGAAUGUUGGACUUAUUGAAAAACGACAAUUAAUGCAACUUUUGACCUUAUGUGUUGAAUAUAAACCCGAAGGUGAUGAAUUUAAAGGAUUCGAAGAUAAAACAUUAAAAGAAUACUUAGAAAGCAAAAACUUAACUGAAAAUUUAAUGCAUUAUGUUUUAUAUGCUAUUGCAAUGUCCAAUGACACAACACCAUGUAUGGUUGGUGUUGAGAGAACUCAACGGUUCUUAAGUAGUCUUGGUCGUUAUGGUAAUACUCCAUUUUUAUGGCCUAUGUAUGGUACUGGAGAACUUCCUCAAUGUUUUUGUCGGUAGGUUGAAACGUCCUAUCUUGAAAAUUGAUCCAAUUAAAAUACUUACAUACAAUGAAAUAUCUUAUUAUUUUUGAUCUUUAGACUGUGUGCUGUUUUUGGAGGAGUAUAUCAUCUUAAAAGAGCAGCUGAUAGUGUUAUUGUAGCAGAUACCGAAUGUAAAGCAAUUUUAUCUGAUGGAUCAAGGCUUGAUUGCGAUCAUCUUGUGUUGGGCGUUGCUGAUGCUCCACCUGAAUUUUUAGGGUCUGUACCAAAAGCAGGCCUUUCAAGAGGAAUUUUCAUUUUAGAUAGAUCUAUAUCUAUCUCUGAUAAGGAAUCAUUAACAUUACUUCAAUUCCCAAUUAAAGGAAAAGAGCCUAUAACAAUUAUCGAGGCUGGACCAUCUACUCAUGUAUGCCCACCAGGAUUAUGUAGGUUCUAGAUACUUUUUAUUUUUCUAGUAAGUUAUAUUUAAAGUAUUUACUCAAUGUUUUUAGAUUUAUUACAUAUGACAACUAAACAAAUAGAAAAUGCAGUUCAGGAUUUGAAGCCAGCUGUUGAAGCAUUAUUACACACUGAAUAUGCUGAUGGUAUUACUUCUAGAAUUGAUACUGAUACUCAAUCAACCCAAACAACAAAGGAGGUAUUUCAACUUUGAUACUUAACAUUUCUUAGUAAAUUUUAAGUAUUAAUAUGAUUUAUUGUAGGGAGAUUCUGUUGCUUCAAAGGGAGACUCUAACACACAAUAUGGAUUGUUAAAACCUCAAAUUUUAUAUGCACUAUACUUCAAUUGCCCUGAAACUUCAGGGUAUGAUCUAUCACAGAAUGUUCCAAGUAAUGUUCACCUAUGUUCAGGACCUGACCUUGAAGUUGAUUAUGAAUUUGCUGUUAAACAGGUAAUAUUUAUUUAUUUAGUUUUUGAACAGUUAACAGUAUAUUAAUUAAUGUUCUUUUCUUUUUUCAAUGAUUUUAGGCUAAAUCUAUUUUCUCCAAAAUGUACCCAGAUUCUGAAUUUUUGCCCCGUGCUCCUGAUCCAGAAGAAUUAUCUCUUGAAGUUGAUGAAGCUGCUGGACCUCCUUUCCAAAGUUCUGAAGAACCUAAAGAAGAAUGAAUUAAAUAAAACAUUUCUCUGCAUUUGCUUUAAUUGUAAUAUUUUAGGCUAUUAUUAUUUUUAUCAAUUACUAUAAUUAUUAGCUUUUUAUACUUAUACCUUAUACCUAUUACCGGGGUUCACUAUUUAACAUUCCUAUAAAUUAAUAUAUAAAAAAAUAUAUACUUUAUAAAGGAGUUCAUAUUUGGGAAAUACAACUUUAAAAUUUGCUUAAUAUCUUAUAUGUUUUAUAUACAUACAUUGCUUUCUUUUAUUUUGCAUUAAAAAUGUUUUCUUUAUUAAAUUGACAUAUAUAACAUUAUUAGUAAUAUUGGGGGUUAUAUCAUCAUCAUAUCAUAUAUUUUUUUCUUGGUUAUUUAUAUUUGAUUGUAAAAUACAAAAUAGGACAUGUUUAAUUACCAAGUUACAUAAUUUUGUUUAAUGAUAUAAUCUCACACAUGCACAAUAUAUAAAUACUCUAAGCUAAUGAUAAAUUUAAAAGUUUAAAAAUUAUCUUGUGUGCAUAAUUACUUUUCUUCAUUAAUUGGAUUUAUAUUAAGACCAUUUAUAUUAAUCUUUUAGAAUAUGCAUUUUAAAUACAAAAUAUGAACUCCUUUUAGAUGAAAGAACAUUCCUUAAUGUAAUUUUAACACUAUAUUGUAAACAAGUUUUUUAACACUAAAUAAGUAAAGAUUUUACAAUUUUACUGUUGAAUAAAUAGAUAUACUUCAUAUGCUUAUGUAAUGGUAAUUUUGAUAAUGGUCAAUAUUUUUUUAAAUUUAUCUUAUUGAUUCAAAAAUUAUCUAGCAUUAAAGUAAUUAAUUUUAAAUUAAUAUUAUUAAAAUUGCACAGCUAUAGCUUGAAUUAUUAAAACAAUAUUUUAAAACUUUUUAAAAUGCGUAUAGAAAUACAAUUAUACAUAUGCAUCAAUCUUAAAUAUUUGAUAUUAUUUGAAUUAUGUUCAAAAUAACUUGUUUUGGUUCCUUAAUGUUUCUAAAUUUUCUAGUCAUCUAAUUUGAUUUGAUUUUUCACCACAUGGUAAAUUAUCUUUGAGAUAUUAUUUUGUUCCUUUUAUGUUCUAAAAGCUGACGUUGUUUAAUAUAUACUUUAAGUUUUAAUUUUUAUGUUAAAAACUAAAAACAUUAACCAAUUUCAUUGUUUUAUUAUUUAUUUUUUAUCUAAUUAAUAUAGAAUAUAAUUUAAUUUUAAUUUUAAAAUAAAAUAACAAUUUUAGUUUUGUUGCUUUUUGCAACGCCUUUUCUGGUGAUUUGGUUUUUAAUUUGUAUGCAUAGAUUAAUAUAGUUUAUUUACAUUUUAUUAAGCGUUAUUUUAAUUUAUAUAUAAUUAAUAAUUUUCAAAUUCCUUCCUUAUUUCCUGUUUUUUAAAUUAAAUCAAAUUAAAAUAAUUAUGUAGUUUGAAUACAUAAAUAUCAAAUAAUUAGUUUUUAUUAAUGAUGUGUGCUUUUAUUUUAGUUUAUGAACUUGUGUCCAUGUUUUUUUAUUAAAGGCA